GAUCACACAACAGACAUGUUGAAACUAUUUGUUUUCGUGUUAUUUGUAACUCAGAGUUUAUCAAUUGACUUGACCAUCCAGCCAUAUGGUCAUGGUUCUGAAGUUGUGGAAGCUGUAGUUAGUUUGAUACGCGAGAACUGUAUCUUACCUAAUGAUAACCUACUUCUAAGACGUCUUGCUUAUGUUGAAUCUCGGGAUGGAACCCUCCCGUUUGCAGCCGAAUAUUUUGGUGGAAUUUGGCGGAUUGAUGAAGACAUGUUCUUGAAGACUAAACAGAAAACACCAACGCUUACUCCACUGCAUGCCAUCAUACAACAAAAGUUUAACAGGGAUUGGUCACUUGUUCCAUGGCAUGAACUAGUUAAACCUCUUUACUCCGGGCUAGCCGCAGCACUGUAUAUCGCGCAGAGUGUUAAUGGAAUUGUACCUCAAAAUGUAGAAGAGCAAGGAGCGUAUUGGGAAACUGAUUAUCGUAAUGGUACUUCGGCUUAUAACUAUACGAACAUUGUUAAUCUAAUGACUAAAGGUUGUGUUGGAAAUGAAGAGAUUGAUUUGAUGUUUAUAGUUGAUUCUUCAAGUAGUUUAAGUAGAGAUGAUUUUGAACGAGCUAAACUCUUUGUCUUAAAUGUAAUAGAGGAAUUUAUAAUUGGCACUACCAAAACAAGAGUGGGUGUUAUAAGAUAUUCUAGUAAAGUGUUUCAAGCUGUAGGUUUCAACAGCCUUCAAAACCCAGCAAAUAUCAAGACUAUGAUAAACAGUAUACCGUAUGAAAGUGGAAACACGGCAACAGCUAGUGCAUUAGAUGCAGCAUUGGCUAAUUUUCAAGCUAAUCCUCGUCAAUCUUCCAUUAAAGCUGUAAUAUUAAUUACAGACGGCAAGUCAGAUGAUAGUAUAGAUACCCAUCAUGCAGCAGAUAGGCUGAAAAAUUAUGGUGCUGUUCUAUUUGGUAUUGGUGUUGGGAAGUUGUUUGACAUGCCAGAACUUGAAUAUAUUGCCACGCCCCCUUCUUGUGUUCAUAUAUUUACAGUGCAGAACUUCCAGGCUAUUAAUUCAUUGAUUGAAGAAAUACAACAUAGUGUCUGUAGAGCUCCAUUAUAUGCUAAUAGAACUGUAACAUGUGAAAUUGGUCACUGUCCACCAUAUGCUUUCCCUUUAUCAUCUGUCGGUUUAACUAUAACUGCCAAUAUAACUUGUGGUGUCACCAAUAUAUACAGUUCUGUAUAUCAACAAUAUCCAAGUCAAGCUUCCUAUGAUAUCCACUCAACUGUAAUGUAUAAUAAAACAUCUGAAUUCUAUCAAGAAUAUACUGGACAAGAACAGUUUCUAUACGUUAAAGUGGAUAAUAAAAUGAUUGAUGGUAAAACUUAUCCUAAUGGAUGCUGGGUAACCUUGACCCCAAACCAAGGUCAAAUAAGUCAUGCUGUUUAUAUUUACUGUGAAGAAAAUGGUGUGAAGAGAAAUUGUACUAAAGAAGAACUAUGUCCAAAUGGUCAAAUGCCUGGCUACAAUCCCUGCACCAAAGAAAAUCUGGCCACAGGAAAAACCAAAUUUCCGUACCCUGGUGAUAACACAAAAUUCUAUUUGUGUGAUUUGAGUGGCAAUGCAUAUGUAGUUAAUUGUCCAGCUGGUCAGGUAUUUUCUGCUAGUUGUGAGAUUUGUUAUGGUAUCGGAACUGGGAUCAUCAGCAACUGUGAUAAUUCUAGCUCAUCAUUUAACUACCUGUGUACAGAGGAGAACCUGUUAGCUGGAAAAUAUUAUUUUGCUCAUCCAGAUAGUAUAUCUCUGUAUAUUCAGUGUGAUCCCUGGGGUCACGCAUUUGUGCGAACUUGUUUAAAUCUUGGAUCCAAUUUUGUUUGGCAGGAAUCAAAACUCACCUGCGAGCCACGUGACACUAGGAUUAAUCCUUGUCCUCACAUGAGCAUUGAUGGGGAACGUUUUUAUGCGUUUCCACCAGAUAGAACUAAGUUCAUAGAAUGCAAUGAUCAGUUAGAUCCUCUUGUUCUCAAAUGUCCCGCGGGGUUAAUAUGGGAUGACUGCGUUAAAACAUGUUCUUAUAAAACUGCAGUUGGUAAAGAUUGUCACAUUGAUCCUAAAGGUCCUCUUGCUGGCUAUAUUCAAGAAUAUGGUGGAAAUUAAUAAAAAGAUUGAAUAAUAUUAAGAAUAAAAUUUUGUUAUUACCAUGAAAUAAGCCUAUCAUGUUAUUGCUUCCUGUAUCUUGAUAUAUAUUUAAAGAUACAUUAUGGGAGAUUAGAUAAAGAGCUGGCAGUUCUCACUAUAAUAGUUAAAAACAAGAUAAUGUAAAUGGAAUUUGCUGAAAAUUUCAGUCAAAUUGAUCCACUCUGAACCGAAAAUUUAGCGAUUAAAUUUAAGGCCUAGGCUCGAUCAUCAUUACUAAAGUCGGUACGAUAAAACACAUAGUCUCGAUUAUCCAUUUUUUGAUUUAAUCAUCAAUAGGUGUUGAGCAGCAAUUCAGAUUCUAAUCCAGUAAAUAUCAUAGGCUAGCGAUGACAUCGAAAGUUGAUUAAGGUCUUUAUAAGUUAAUUAAUGUCUAAUUAAUAAUUUAGAUAACAUUUCAGGCCUAAAGAAAGACCUGCAAUAGGCAGAUUUAGCUCUUGCAUAAUGUAUGUUUAAAUUUAUUAAAUACAUUUGUUAUUAUUCUGAAUAGCAUUUCAUGCUUAUCAUUGGACCAGAAACUGGGGCCCCUCUCGCGCUAUUCAUCUGGU